AUGGCCCCUCUGAGGCCGACUCACCCCGAGGACGGCACUGAGCAUGCCCAGGAGCAGGGGCGCCUGCAGGAAGAUGAGAGGGAAGUCACUGCGGAUGUGGAGACAGUGAUGAGGGUGAAACUGAAAGGAGAGUCUCCAGGUCCCUGGACUCUGAAGCAGACUCAGGGUCCCUCCUGUGCUGGCCUCAAGGGCUUGAAGGGACGGCGCCUGUCAGCAGGGAUGGGAGAGCAGCUGGCGUGUCUGCUCCCGGCCCUGUUCCUCUUCGUGGCAGGCUCCUCUGCCGUCACGGGUCCAGGCGCAGUGAAGGGCUGGGAGCGGGGCUCGCUGACCGUGCGGUGUGACUAUGGCCCAGACUACAAGACCCACAGGAAGUGGUGGUGUCGAGGGGCUGACUGGAUGAGCUGCAACACCCUUGUUAGAACCACCGGCUCGGAGCAGGAGGUGAAGAAGGACCGCGUGUCCAUCAGGGACAAUCAGAGAUACCGCACAUUCACCGUGACCAUGGAGGCGCUCACGCUGGGCGAUGCGGACACUUACUGGUGUGGGGUUGAUAUAGAAGCACAUCCUGACCUUGGGGCCCAAGUUAAAGUGACCGUUGACCCAGCCGCUGCAGUGCCCACCAACACCACCAUGACCACCACCACCAUGACACACCACAAAGCACCGGUCUCCCCAGAAGAGGACAAAGACCCCCCAACUGUAACCAAUAGCAGCUCCCUGCUGGGCAGCGUCUACUUCCUGCUCCUGGUCUUCCUGAAGGUGCCCCUGCUCCUGAGCAUGCUCAGUGCCGUCCUCUGAGCGCACCGGCCUCAGAGGCGCCCUGGGAGGAGACAGAGUCAGCCUGACUACGAGAACCAGGGACACUGAUGCCUCCGCACCCCCCGGGACAGUCCCCGCUGGCGGGUGGACACGACCUCUGGCCAAUAAAUCCCCCGACACUGUCUGCGCAUCUGUUGGCGUCUCCUGAACGUCUCCCGGCUUUUGUGUGUGUUGGGCCUCGGGCCGCCAUCGACGCACGCCCUCUAGCUCUGAUACCCCUGAAUUUGGGGUUCCUGAUGCCGUGGCGGUGUCACCAGGACCUCGGGCUUCCGCUGCAGUCCUGUGUUCUCGAUUCAUCCUCCUCGCCCACGCCCAGGGCUGGUGUCCAGUGUGAGGUUCCCGGACAGCUGAGCCUCUGACAGAGCAGACUCGGGGCACCGGAGCCGCUGCGACCAGAGGAGCUGCAACUUCACGCUCACAUCCACUCUGCUGUCACAAGGACAGAGACUGGGGCUCAUGACACACAGACGCUGCCGUCGCAGAUCCGGGGCGCCAGUCCAGGAUCAGGGUGCACAGGGCAUGGUCUGCUCACCCCUAUGCGGCAUAGGUGCUGCCUACCUGCCAUACCUCACAUGGCAGGAGGGGUGAGGGGGCUUCUUUAGGAAGAUGCCAACCCUAUCAUGUCGGCAUUAGGCUGGUGCGAUUAGAAUGGGCGUCUGUGUGUGGUCUCAGGCCCCAUCCUGCAGCUGCCCUCGGGAUCCGGACACUCACCUCAUUGACAGCUAAGACGUCUCUGUACGUCCAUGAGGGUCUCUUGGGGAGCACCUAAGGGUGUUGCUGCGUCAGGGAAACCAACCAAGAGUCAGGCUGACCUUCCAGUUUGGCCCCUGACUUCUGGGUGGGGGGAGGGACCAGUCACCAGCGACCAAUAGUCAGUCAGUCAUGGCCCCGCAGUCAGCCUCCGACCAUCCCAGGGGAGGGGACUGAGAGCUCGUCCAGGCUGGGGGUCCACUGUCACCCCCCGGGCUCCAGGAGGACAGAAGCCCCGCUCUGGCUUGUUCAUCGGGCUCCUAAUUCCUGUCUCCGGCCUCCUUGCCGGGCGUCUGCCGCCCCAGAGGGAGCUGAGUUCUCCGAGAGCACCUGCCCACUCUGCACACGGACUUCCAAGACCUUUGAGGUUCUGCGAACAGAACUUCUCCCAGGCCUCACUCCUGUCCUCUGAGGACACGCUGGCUGUGUGCACGCGCCCUACUGGCUACAGGAGCUUGUUUUCAGCAGGAACCUGUUCCUCUGGAUCAGCAACACACAGUGGCGUGCUAUGUUUUGUUCCUUUGCUCAUAUCUUUAAUAAAGCUUGGCCGGGAGAGGGAGAGGCAGCGCUGCUCUCCAUGGCUCUCCCCAGCCACCCCUGCCGCACAUUCGCUCAGACGCCGAGUCUCGGGUAACAGCUGAGGCCCUCCCGGCUGUCUGGCUGUCCGCGGCUGCUCCUGACGACGAGCACCGCUCCUUUCUGGCGCUGGAGGCCAGGACAGAAGUGACCCCUGAACCUGCUUCUGAGUCCGGACCUGGGAGAAUUCCUCUGAGUUUCUCUCUCAUCCCUUCCUGUUAUACCUGCACCUGCUUCUCCUCCUCACAUAUGAGGAGAAGAGGGGGUGUUUGGGGCACUGAACUUCGGGCUGUGUGAGACAAGACCUUUGUGCAGAUGCACAGAAGAAGAGCAGAGCUGGGGCGGGGGGCGGUUGCCAGCAGGAGUUCAGGGGUCUCUGUCAGAAGGAGACAAUAGAGUUGGGUGGGGAGUCUGGUGAUCUAGAGACUCGAUGGACUUGCCUUGGGGAAAAAGCAGCACUCUGGCCUCCCCACCUUCCAGGAGGACGACCCCAUCCUCAACCUCCUUCACAGCCCUCCCCGAGAGCAGGACACCCCCUUCCUGCUUUGGGUCUUGUCCCUGCUGAGCCUGACAAGCCGCCCCUUCAUCCCAGACCCCUACGAACUCUGAGCAGAGGCCACCACGAGGAGAUUAUUGGAAAUGAGGGGUGGCUUUUACCCUCUGCCUUUUAUUCUGGAAGGUUCUUCUUCCUCUUUGCCUAUUUCCCUGAUGCAAGAAACUGGCUUUUCUGACGGCCUCUAGUGACUUUCCUGCUGCUGUCCCAUUCCCUCAGGGGUGCCCCUCUUUUUCCGUGCCCUGGUCCUUCUCCCCUACAUUGGAUUUGAUUUUUUGUAUCUCUUCUUUAUCA